CCACGCUCACCGCGCAAAACCCCCGGGGGAAAAUUUUGCUCGGCUGCUCGUCCCGCCCGCCCCCUGCCCCUGCCGCCCUCAAGCCUCGCCUCCCCGCCCGCGACGACUCGCCGGAGAGGCGAGGCUCUGGCCUCUGAGAUUUCCGGCGAGGCGGUGACAUGUACGCCGACACAAUGAAGGGUCACCAACCCAAAGGGCGCACUAGGGACUACGGCACCUUCAAAAAGCUCGCGGCUGCCUGGCCGAGAUACUUCCCCGAGGAGGCCGACGUCGGGCUAUCAGAGUCCGACCACAAAGUCCGCCUCGUCACCGACCUGGCUGAAAUCUUCUCUACGCCCGAGGUGGCGGAAGUCCUUCGCUCAUCGGUUGAAGAUGAUGACAGUGACACCGUAUGUCUUCCAAUGGAUUUCCAGCAGCUUCAAGAGCUGUGCGUGUUUAUUAAAGAUAAACUCAAUGAAUCCCCAAAAGAAGUCUUGCUUUGCAUGGGACUUGCAGCUCAUCUGGUUCUGUGCUUGAGUAAAACGAACAAGAUCAAUAUCAGGCUUUACAACACGGGGGAGGCUAUUGCACUGAAGAAUCUAAAAGCAGCCUUUAUUAAGAAACUUGUCACAGUGCGUGGUACUGUGCUCAAAGUCAGCACUGUAAAACCUAUUGUUCUGCAGAUGAAAUUCCGAUGCAUGAAGUGUGGUAAAGAAAUACCCCGUGUGUUUUCUGAUGGGAAAUUUUCUCCUCCAGUGUCCUGUACCAUUCAGGGAUGCAAGAGCAGAAGCUUUAUCCCAGAUAGAUCUAGCGCACAGCUGAUGGAUUUCCAGAAACUAAGAAUACAGGAGCUUGCAAGCGCUGACAACCACGAAGGCCGAGUGCCACGGACCGUAGAGUGUGAGCUUACAGAAGACCUUGUUGAUUGUUGCAUCCCUGGAGAGAUCGUAACAGUAACUGGAAUUGUGAAAGUACUCAACAACUAUAUGGAUGUUGGAGGAGGGAAGUCCAGAACCAGUAAUCAAGGUUUAUACUACCUGUAUCUGGAGGCAGUUUCAGUAAGAAAGUCGAAGUCCCAUGCUGUUUCUGACAAAGAAAAUCAGACUACUGGAAUUUAUCAUUUUCAGCCUUGCGUAAAGGAUGAUUUUGCUGUCAAAUAUAAAGAAAAAUAUGGUACUGAUGUAUUUCGCCGAAUACUUCAAUCGUUUUGUCCCUCUAUCUAUGGGCAUGAACUUGUAAAAGCUGGUAUCACACUCGCUCUUUUUGGCGGUGUGCAGAAGAACUCAAUGGAUCAAAACAAGGUCCCUGUCCGUGGAGAUAUUCAUGUUAUUAUAGUUGGUGAUCCAGGGUUAGGCAAGAGCCAACUCCUCCAAGCUGCAGCCGCUGUUUCCCCACGAGGAAUAUAUGUAUGCGGGAAUACGACAACAAGGGCUGGCCUAACUGUUGCAGUGGUUAAAGAUUCUAUGACAAAUGAUUAUGCAUUUGAGGCUGGUGCCAUGGUCCUUGCUGAUCGUGGAAUAUGCUGUAUUGAUGAGUUUGAUAAAAUGUUUGCAGAGCAUCAGGCUUUACUUGAAGCCAUGGAGCAGCAAUGUGUUUCUGUUGCAAAGGCUGGCCUUGUAGCGAGUUUAUCAGCUCGUACUUCGGUGUUAGCAGCUGCAAAUCCUAUUGGUGGUCAUUAUGAUCGAGCAAAAACAGUGAAUGAGAAUCUGAAGAUGAGUGCUGCCCUCUUUUCUCGGUUUGACUUGGUGUUUAUUCUACUUGACCAGCCAGAUGAGUCACUAGAUAAAAGAGUGUCAGACCAUAUAAUAGCUCUCCAUACCAAUGAUCUUGAUAAUUUCAGACCCAACAAGAGGAUCAGAACAGUGUCACAAUUUGAUGGUGAUCUGGGGCUUGGAGUUAGUGGAAAUUCAGUAGCUUCAAGACUGAGGCUACACCCAGAGAAAGACAAGGGUUUCACUCCAUUAGCUGCGCAACUUCUUCGCAAAUAUAUAUCUUAUUCAAGAGAACAUGUCUUCCCCCGAAUGUCAAAGGCAGCAGCUGCAAUUCUGAAAGACUUUUAUUUGAAGUUGAGAAACCGCAGCACUUCUGCUGAUGGUACGCCCAUCACAGCCAGGCAGUUAGAAAGCCUAGUCAGAUUAGCUGAAGCUCGUGCCCGCGUGGAUCUAAGAGAUGAAGUGACUGAAGAAGACGCUCAGGAUGUUAUUGAUAUCAUGAAAGAAUCUCUGUAUGACAAAUAUGUUGAUGAGCAUGGUUAUGUCGAUUUUGCUCGGAGUGGUGGGAUGAGCCAACCAAAGGAGUCAAAGAGGUUUCUGAAUGCAUUAAACAAGGAAGCUGAGUUGCAGCAAAAAGACCGCUUUUCAAGAACUGAGCUUUGCACCUUAGCUGAUAAGAUCAGCUUGCGAGUUCCAGACUUCGAUGCUCUUGUAGAAAAGAUGAACAUCGAAGGUUACCUUAUUAAAAAAGGAUCAGGGAUGUAUCAGCUGGUGACUGUGUCAUAUUAACAAUGCCAGCCAACGAGGUCAAGAUGGAUGAUCUCCAGACACUCUAGAAAGGCCCUAACCAUUUCAACAUGAUUGCCAUGUACCUUUCGACUCAUUUCCCCCUUCCCGUGACAGAUGUUAGGUUUUGAGGCUAUGCAUAUCCUCAUGGCUGCGCACAUAUGUGCUGCACUGUACAGGCGACUGAAGUGCAAGCGUUGCAGGAUGACCACUAACUUUGAUAGCUUGAUGCAUGCCAUGGUUUCGAUAUGAUACUGUGAAGCAGGAUCCCUCUAUGGCCGUUAUUAGUUUAUAUAGAUUUUCAAGUUUGGCAAUGGAACAUCCAGAAUUGCAUA